AUGGUUUCCUUAAGGAAACUAGCCGCUGCCUUUGCCGGCCUCGCGGUGCUUUCACAAGAAGCGCUAGCACACUCGACGCAGCGCAACCCGUUGAAGUACGUGACUAUCCUCCAAGAUGCCGUCUUCCACUCUCCUUCACAACAUUGCCACGCCUUGUCGCACUUCGACCUCACUUUCGCGCUGCAUGAUAAGCAGCAGGAAAUCCGCCUGGCGCUGGAGCCGAACCAUGACAUCCUUCACGACACCCUGCAAGUCAACUAUAUGGGCAGCGAUGGCAAGGUCCAUACGACGGAGACGGUCGACAGGUCGGAACACCGCGUCUUCAAAGGAAAGGCGUUUGUACGGCCCGAGGGACGACCCGACGACUGGAGGCACGCUGGAUGGGCUCGAAUCACGGUACACCGAGACGGCGCUGACCCCAUUUUCGAGGGUGCUUUCCGGAUUGACGACGACCAUCACCGCAUCCAGACCGGUGCCAACUACCAUGCCCGUAAGCACCGCGAGGACCCCGACGCCCCCAGCAGGCAGCAUCCCAACGAGUACAUGGUCGUGUGGAGGGACUCGGACAUAAUCGAACAUUGGACCGAUAGAGAGGAUCUGAAGAAGAAGCGUGACAUUUUCGGCCGGUCUUCCUGUAACUCGGACAGCUUGGACUUCAACGCCGACUACAACGUCUUUGACGCACAGGAUCCUAAUCCCCUGCCGGCCGUGUCAUCAAACUCUCUUUUCGGACGUUCCAUUUUUGGCAGGCAGGCGGUCGAUGGUAGCACCGGUAACAACGGUGCUGGUGUCAACCUCAUCUCCACCAUCGGACAAACCAACGGCUGCCCGACGACGCGCAAGAUCGCAUUACUGGGCGUCGCCACUGACUGCACCUAUACGGCCUCUUUCAACUCCUCGCAGGCUGUCAGACAGAACAUCAUCGAUGUGAUCAAUGCCGCGUCCCAGGUGUACGAGAGCACGUUCAACAUUUCUCUCGGAAUCCAGAACCUGACGAUCAGCGACGCCAACUGCCCCGGACAGGCCAGUUCGAAUGCGCCCUGGAAUGUUGCCUGCAGCAACAGCGUCACCAUCACGGACAGGCUGAACCUGUUUUCGGCAUGGCGUGGCAAGUCGGACGAUACCAACGCCUUCUGGACGCUGAUGAGCACCUGCGGUACCGACUCUGCCGUCGGUCUCGCCUGGCUGGGACAAGCCUGUAUCGAUGGAGCUCAGACGGGUAACCAAAAUAACAACGAGACCGUUGCCUCGGCAAACGUCGUGAUCCAGACGCCGAGUGAAUGGCAGGUCGCCGCUCAUGAAAUCGGCCACACAUUUGGCGCAGUGCAUGACUGCAUGGAAACAACAUGCAGCAACGGCGACUCCAACAUGCAACGAUGCUGUCCUCUGAGCUCCAGCACCUGCGACGCUGGUGGCAACUUCAUUAUGAACCCUUCGACCGGCACCGGCAUCCGCAACUUCUCACCCUGCAGUAUUGGCAAUAUCUGCAAUGGCCUUCUGCGUGGCCAGGUUAAGUCGACUUGUCUGGCGAACAACCGCGGCGUCAAUACUAUCACCGGAAGUCAAUGUGGUAACGGCAUCGUUGAGGCCGGUGAGGAUUGCGACUGUGGUGGCACUGCAGGCUGCGGGAGCAACAGGUGCUGCAACCCUACGACAUGCAAGUUCACCCAGGGUUCCGUAUGCGACCCAUCAAACGAGGACUGCUGCAACGGGCAGUGUCAAUUUGCUUCGAACGGUACUGUUUGCCGCCAGAGCACUGGCUCUUGCGACCCCGAGGAGACUUGCAGUGGCGCGUCGCCUACCUGCCCUCCAGACGUGCACAAGCCGGACGGGGACUCGUGUGGGAACUCGGGCGAGGGCCUCACGUGCGCCUCCGGCCAGUGCACUUCUCGCGACCAGCAGUGCUUGACUGCCUGGGGCUCCCGUACCAACUCGAGCUCGGUCACUUCUUGCAAUAGUGGUAGCUCGGACUGUAUGAUCUCCUGCAACGUUCCCAGCAUUAGCAGUAGCGCUUGUGUAACGAUGAACCAAAACUUCCUUGACGGAACAUCGUGCACGGGAGGCGGCAAGUGUUCCAACGGUCAGUGCCAGGGCGCCAAUGCCGGCAGCGAAAUAUUGGACUGGAUUCGGAACAACAAGAACAUCUUCAUCCCUGUUGUCAUUGUCGCCGGCCUCCUUGUCCUCAUCGUCUUGUUCAGCUGUAUUUGCGGAGCGUGUCGGAGGAGCAGGAGCCGGGCCCGGGCCAAACGUCUCCGGACGGUCCCGAUGCCGCCGCCAAUGUCACACAACGGCGGAUGGAAUGGUUACGCGGGUGCUUGGAGCAAUCCAAACGUUCCUCCGCCACCGCCGGCCGCCACCCGUCCAGGUGGCCCCAUGCCUUACCAGGGCGGUUACCAAGACGGGUACCAGAAUGGCGGCUGGGGACUUUACAGGACUCAGAGCGCUAGAUACGCUUGA